AUGAUGGCUGGUAGUAACCCGACAGAAGAAGAAAGCGAUCCACGACGGAAGAUUUUACGAAUGGUGGUUUGUUCUUUGUGUUACGAUGCUGGUUUUUCCACAGUGCAGAACACAGUGGUCGAAACACUGACAGAAAUGUUGCAAAGCACCUUAGGGGAGAUUGGACGGAGUGCACAGGCGUAUUGUGAGCUGGCAGGCCGGACAACACCAAUGCUCAGUGAUAUUGCUGUAGCAUUAAUUGAAAUGGGAGUCAACAUUGAACAAAUUCCUGUCUAUGCCAAGAAACCAAACAAAAACGUCUUCAUACCGCCCACUCAUAAACAUGUUCCCCCUGUACCUGGAAUAUUAGAAACUGGAGAAAGAAAACAGCAUCCAUCUUAUAUCCCAGAUCAUUACCCGCCUUUCCCUGGACCCCACAGUUACAUCAGAACGCCUACUCAUCGAGAUCCCAUUAAUGACUAUCAACUUGUACGAGAGAAAGCAGCUACCCAAAAGCGUGACAUUGAACGGGCUCUUACUCGCUUUAUAGCAAAAACUGGCAAAACACAAAAACUCUUUAAUGAUGACAGUGGUGCUUUUCCUUUGAUUGCUGUCAAGCCAAUAACAAUGGCCUAUCUAAACGCUUUGCUGCCAAAAGACCAAGAUCUGGAUGCUCAGCUGCCUGUUGAGAACCAUUGGGCCAGUAUUAUGCAAAAGUACAACAAGGAACACGUUCCCCCUGAAGACUGUUCAUAUCUAUCUAUCUAUCUAUCUCAAUUGUUAAAUCCCUGA